UCCCGGAACUAAGUUCUCGCACAGCUUGUUUCCGCCGGGACGAAUUCAGAGUGCACCAAGUCGGUGUAGCAGGAUAUUUUCCCCCGUCAGGGUCACGCUGUGUCCUGGAGUGUUUGUAGACACCGGGGAUGAUGUACCGGAGACUCGCACUGUCAGUGUGGGAAGGGGGGAGAGCAAGAGGCCCGUGUGGCGGCAGGUACUCGGAUCAUGUGCAAAGGUGGUUUGGUUCAUGCAGUGUUCUCCUUAGUGAAAACCCCAAGAAUCCUCCUGAGGUUCCCAGUGCUACAGUACAACAGAAUGAGACACAAGAAAAACAGCCAGAGCCCACAAAGAAGGAGAGCUUGCUUAAUGUCAUUGGCGGCAUGAAGGUUGAGCUGAGUUCCAGAAGAAAGUUUCAGGCUAUGAAAAUGAACAAAAGCAAAGAACGAAGCACAGAGUAUAUAGAAAGCAUGGAGAGUGCAAGCAGCAUGUUCCAGAGAGCUGCAGAAGAGAGCCAAGUUGAAAACACAAAACCAUUGAGUCCAGAUUUGGUAGCAGCAGUCUCUGCUGUUGCUGAGUCCCUUCCAUCAAAUAAAAAGCAGAUAGAAUCUGAACUCCUGCAGCAAUUGAGGAAGCACGAGCAAGAAACUGAUGCACAAAAGAAAGGGGACAGCCUCAGCAACAUCAUCUCCGAUAUGAAGGUCAAGAAGCACCCAGAAUUCCGAACAUCGUCUUGGCACUCCAACCAGAUUCGAUUCGAUGAGGAUGGGAGAGGGUACACCCAUGACAGGGGUGUUACACAGGAGCUAGCUGGUGUCAGAAGCAGGAGAGGACUGUACACUGGAAGGCGGUUGAACAUAUUUCCUGUUUUCGCCGACCCUGAACAGCCAACUGGAACAGAAAUGUUUCCUAGCCUGUGGGACGUGGAGCUAGCUAAUGAAAUAGCCUCCGCUAGUGAGCAGCCACCAAGGAACGGGUUUGAAGAAAUGAUUCGGUGGACCAAGGAAGGCAAACUUUGGACUUUCCCAAUUGACAAUGAAGCUGGUCUUGAUGAGGAGCAGAAGGUAGAGUUUCAUGAACACAUAUUCCUUGACAAGUACUUGGAAGACUUCCCAAAACAAGGACCCAUUAGACACUUUAUGGAGCUUGUUGUAUGCGGCCUCUCCAAGAACCCUUACCUAAGUGUCAAACAGAAGCGGGAACACAUUGAGUGGUACCGGGAUUAUUUUCAGCAAAAAGAGGACAUUCUAAAAGAGUGCGAAGUGUAUCUCAACUAAAGAACAUUUUGAAUGCUACAGUACCCCAAGACAUUGGCUCAUUAAGGAUCCAUGUAGCCAUGGAGUGGACUCCAGAAGUCUAACAGAAGGUACCAGUGUUCUUCAGCCGGGUACAAUGUUCGACUAUUCACUUCUUAAUAAAACAGAUCUCACUUAGUUAUUAAUAAAAUAUUCAACGCUUUCUUAUAACUGAAA